AUGUCCGAAAGGCUCAGCCUCCGUUUGCAGCGCAACAUCCCAGAUUUCUACUGUGAGAAGCACCUGGAACCUCCGCAGCUGUUCUGUGAUGAUGACCAAGUCACACUUUGUGUCAAGUGCGCCCCAUCCCAGGAGCACAAGCACCACGUGGUGUACGCGGUGGGCGAGGCCGCCGAGAACUACCAGAAGCUAUUUCAAGAGAUGUUGAACACAUUGAGGAAGAAACUUGAAAUUGCUCAAAGCAUAUUGGCUGAUGAGCAAGAAAGAAUGGAGAUAAUUCAGGAGGAUGAGCAGAAUUUUAAAGAGAUGAUUGAGUCUGAAUAUAGGAUAAGGUUCCGGUUGUUGAAUGAAGAGAAUGAGAUGAAUCUCCUGAGACUGCAUGGGUGCUUUUUCAACCUAAACAUGAAAGAAGCCAGUCUGAAUCAACUGAUCAAGUUUGCCACCGAGCUAGAGGAGAAGCCCCAGGAAAUUCUGCAGAGACUGGGCCGCUUGGCGAGAGAGAGCAUGGACAAACUGAAGGAGAGUGAAGCCCGGCUCUCGGAGCAGAUCCGCAGCCUCCAGGGGGUCAUCGCAGAGCUGGAGAAGAAGUGUGGGGAACCCGCCUUAGCAGUGCUCCACCAUGCAAGAUAUUCUUUGGAAAGGACUGAGUCACUACUGCUUCAGUGUCUAGAGCCCGCCCGCAUCACAGAUCUGAGUUUAUGCCAAGUAACAGGAAUGAGCCCAUUGCUAAGGGUUCUCCAAAGACAUAUCACUUUGGAUCCCGAAACAGCUCAUCCUUGUCUGGUCUUAUAUGAAGAUCUGAGAAGUGUCAGAUUUGGAAAUGUCCAGCAGGAUGCACCUGGCCACCCAGAGAGAUUUGACUUCAGCGCCACGGUGUUGGGUGUGGAGUGUUUCGCCUCAGGGAGACACUACUGGGAGGUGGAUGUGGGAAAAGCGACCAACUGGCAGCUGGGCAUAUGCAAGGAUGGCGCAAGCAGACAAGAGGACAGGCCCAAAGCUCGCGCAGAUAAAGUCUUACUCACAAGAUCCGUGAUGGGGAUGGACUGUACCCUCUGGGGCUUUCCGCCUUUAAAAAGGAUCUCCUUGAGAGCCCAGAUGCACAGAGUUGGAGUUUUCAUAGACUGUGAUGAUGGACAGGUAUCAUUCUAUAACGUGACAGAGAGAUCCCUCAUUUAUAGUUUAUCUCACCUCCCCUUCCAUGGAGCUGUCAGGCCUAUAUUUUCUAUUUGUAUCCCAAAUGAAGGCACAAGUUCAGACUCUCUCACCAUUUGCCCCCCUCAAGUUCCUUCUUGUAAUGCUACUGUUAGCCCUCCGUCUUCCUUGGUGUGA